CGGGCUGCGGAGGGUAGGCACGCGGAGGCCGGGCCACGCGUGCGGGCCGGGGUGUCGUGGAGCUGCUGCUGCUGCUGAGCAGCGCGGGGCGGGCGGGCGGCUCCGAGGACAUCGUGGUCGGCUGCGGGGGCUUCGUGAAGUCGGACGUGGAGAUCAACUACUCGCUCAUCGAGAUAAAGUUGUACACCAAGCAUGGGACUUUGAAAUACCAGACAGACUGUGCUCCUAACAACGGCUACUUUAUGAUCCCCUUGUAUGAUAAGGGAGAUUUCAUUCUGAAGAUUGAGCCUCCGCUGGGCUGGAGUUUUGCCCGUGCUCCAUGUCAUGGGCUUCUCUGUCACUGGGCGGGUCUUGAACGGACCUGAAGGAGAAGGUGUUCCAGAGGCUGUGGUCACCCUGAACAACCAGAUUAAAGUCAGAACAAAAGCUGACGGCUCCUUCCGCCUAGAGAACAUAACGACAGGGACGUACACCAUCCAUGCUCAGAAGGAGCAUCUCUACUUUGAGAUGGUCACCAUCAAAAUUGCACCCAACACUCCUCAGCUGGCAGACCUCAUUGCUACUGGGUUCAGCAUCUGUGGCCAGAUAUCCAUCAUCCGCUCCCCUGAUACUGUCAAACAGAUGAGUAAAUACAAAGUGGUCCUGUCCUCUCAAGACAAGGACAAGGCUUUGGUCACCAUGGAGACGGAUGCUCAUGGAUCAUUUUGCUUUAAAGCGAAACCAGGGACCUACAAAGUCCAGGUUCUGGUGCCUGAGGCUGAGACCAGAGCUGGGCUGAUGCUGAAACCACAGACGUUCCCUGUCACCGUGACCAACAGGCCUGUGACGGAUGUGACUUUCGUGCAGUUUUUGGCAUCUGUUUCUGGAAAAGUCUCCUGCUUAGAUACCUGCGGUGACCUGUUGGUGACCCUGCAGUCACUGAGCCGCCAGGGUGAGAAACGCAGCCUCCAGCUCUCUGUUAAGGUCAACUCCAUGACCUUUACCUUUGACAAAGUGCUCCCUGGGAAAUAUAAAGAUUUCCAAGCAACAGGAUGUAAAACAAAUCCAGAAAAUGACCGGACUUUCUAUGGGCUGGAGCGAGGAAUGUGUAUUCUCGUCAAUAGACAGGAGUCUUCAACAGAUCCUCCAACAUCUGGAAAAUGCAAGGUCAACACUUUUAAGUCUGCAAGACUCGCAAGAUUUAUCUUCCUCCUCCGUCUCUGACAUCGUGGGUCGGGAGGCUAUCCCACCUUCUUGCUAUUGUACGACGGGAAACCGUUCUUAUGACUCCAGAGUGUCCUCUGUACCAUCCAGUGAGUCUGCUGUAUCAUCCAAUGACAGCUUGAACCCAUCUUAUCUUCCAG